AUGUUUAAAAACUACAAAGAUAUACGCGACGUUGUUUCCUUAUUGGUAUAUUGUCCAUACGAAAGAGCAUAUCUUCUGAGCAAAGAGUCAAAUGGAGAGUAUUGGAUACCGUCUUGCAAAACAGAUAAGAGCUGCUGGAAAGCCACGGCGCACAAGUUACAUUUUGAGUCUCUUUUUAAGAUAUUUGGCAUGGAUUCAUCAGCCCAGUGUCACCCACUACGAGUCUACAAGAUCUGGCUCCCUAACCACACCCUCACCUGUGUGUAUCAUGCUGUAUACAAAGUCGCUAUUAAAUCAGAUGUAAAGAAGAGGGUUAAGCACAGAGCGGGUAUAAGGAAUCGACUGCAAUGGUUCACAAUGGUGGAGCUAGAGAGGCUGCGAGCACACACCAAUCUUCGUAGUCCGGAGUUAGCGAUAUUCGCGCAAAUGGCCGUUGGGGAUGUAUUACCUAAGGACUUGGAUCCAGGAAUCCUAGUCGAGAUAUGUGAAGAUAAUGUACUAAUCGGUGUCGAAGUGGCGGCUGGAGCGGUAGCGCUCGCGUCUCCGCAUUGUCAGCUGCUCCAAGCUGCUAAUUAUAUGAAAGAAGAUCAAAUCCGCUUGUACACAGAGUUCAUUUUUCUAGUGUACCCAGCAUUAUACAUGAGCCCUUAUAUAUUUACACAGUUCAUGCAAGACUUGGGCUGGCAGAAAUCACAAUGUUCCAAUUUAUACAGGGCUGCAGACAUAUCGGGUCGAGGUGGACUAUCGUUUUUAGACUUGAUGUUGUGGACAGCUGCUUUAGAACCCUUCACUCAACAUAAUGGAUCACCAGCUGAACUUAGAUGCAGAUAUAUAUUCAGAUAUUUUGAUAGCAAUCGGGACCAGAAGCUAGAGUACCAAGAGUUUAAAGAGUUGAUGAGCGCCGCUCGCGCGGCUCGGGAACUGCCCGUAGACUCGCUCAGUGUUGCGAGGGAUACCGAUGUUUGUCUCCGGCAACUAGGCUUACAACCAAAUUCUCAAUUGCCGAUAGCCGAGUUUCUCCGAGCGGUCAGCGAAUUGCGCAUACGCGGCACGAGCGCCUUGCUACGGUCCCCGAAAAGCAUCGCUGGCUAUUUGAUAGACUUACACGAACGAGAUAGAGAGAUGGCUGCAGCAACUGCUUCUAAAAUAAUAAACGACCACGUUUCAAGUGUCCCGGAUGCUUCGUCCCACGCGGUCGAACUGAGUUCCAUAACAUCUGCCGCGCGGCGGAAGGAUUACUCCCUCGCCAACUGUGUGGUCAGGCUGCAGAGGAAGGCACCGCCUGAGAUGCAGCAGCUGACGAGUUUUGACGAUGAAACCGUGACUGGCUCCACAGCUCAGCUAAUUUCUACGUCUGUCAAUUCCAUGGACUUCCUUGGAGCAAAUUCUACCCCAGCGGAAGCGUUCGCGUCGAUCCAUUACUUCUCUUUACAUGUUGAUAAAACUUCACAUCGUCGAGUAUCUGGUGGAGGUUCCGUAACCGCUACCAAGUCCGCUUGGAGCUGGUUAUCACCAGACGAAGAGGCGGCCCUCGGCAGCCUUCUGCUGAAAAUGGCUGAGGCGGUGCGAGCCAUCUGCACGUAUGAGCCCAGGCUGUUGAAACUGGGCUCGCCUGUUUAUGCGAUCGGUGACUUACACGGCAACCUCCCAGCCCUCCUAACGAUGGAGUCGUCCCUCUGGCCCACGGGGACAGCGCUGGUCCCAGCCCGGCUCCUCUUCCUCGGGGACUAUGUGGACCGCGGGGCAUUUGGGACGGAACUGCUGGCGUAUCUCUUUGCUGCGAAGUUGCAGCGGCCCACCGGGGUCUAUUUGAUAAGGGGCAAUCAUGAAGUCAGGGAUAUUCAGAAGAUGUUCAGUUUUCAUACGGAGUGUUUGACAAAGUACGGCGAAGUAGAGGGCGCCAAGAUAUGGAGCGCGAUCAAUCAAGUGUUUGACGUGCUGCCGCUGGCCGCUGUCGUUGAUGAUAAAGUAUUUUGCUGUCACGGUGGUAUCCCCCCACCCUGGGUGUGUCCGCUCAUAUCAGCCAUAGACAAGGUGCCGGUGCCGCUGCCGAAGCCGGCGGAACAGAGCUCUAUAGCCUGGGAAUUACUGUGGAACGAUCCUAUAAGGAAUUCAAAGAUAACAGCGUCUCAAGCGCUGGAGCUGGCCGCGAACGAAGGCUUCGCGGCGAACAGCCGGCGCGGCACAGCGCACGUGUUCUCGAGCGGCGCGCUGCAGCGCUUCCUGCUCGCUAACCAGCUGUCGCACGUGCUGCGCGCGCACGAGCUGCACCAGAACGGGUUUAUGUGUCAAUUCAACGGGCGGCUAGUAUCGGUGUUCUCAUCGUCACAUUACUGUGGUGGGACCAACGACUCCGGCGUGGUGCUACUGGAGGACGGCAAGCUGCGGCUUAUUCGAGUUACCAAUGAAUUAUGA